AUGGCCGCAGCCAAGGCCGAGAUGCAGCUGAUGUCCCCGCUGCAGAUCUCGGACCCGUUCGGCUCCUUUCCCCACUCGCCCGCCAUGGACAACUACCCAAAGCUGGAGGAGAUGAUGAUGCUGAGCAACGGGGCUCCCCAGUUCCUGGGAGCCGCCGGGGCGCCCGAGGGCAGCGGUGGCGGCAGCAGCGGCAGCAGCAGCAGCGGCGGAGGCGGCGGGGGCAGCAGCAGCAGCAGCAACAGCGGCAGCGCUUUCAACCCGCAAGGAGAGGCGGGCGACCAGCCCUACGAGCACUUGACCCCAGAGUCUUUUCCUGACAUGUCCCUGAAUAACGAGAAGGUUUUGGUGGAGACAAGUUAUUCCAGCCACACCACCCGGCUGCCCCCCAUCACCUACACGGGCCGCUUCUCCCUGGAGCCUGCACCCAACAGUGGCAACACCUUGUGGCCCGAGCCCCUCUUCAGCCUGGUUAGCGGCCUCGUGAGCAUGAGCAACCCACCAGCCACCUCCUCCUCGGCACCAUCUCCGGCAGCCUCUUCCUCCUCCUCCUCUUCCUCCUCCUCGGCCUCCCAGAGCCCACCCCUGAGCUGCGCGGCGCAGUCCAACGACAGCAGCCCCAUUUACUCGGCGGCACCCACCUACCCCACAGGACCCAACACUGACAUCUUCCCUGAGCCUCAAGGCCAGGCCUUUCCAGGCCCGGCAGGCACUGCGCUCCAGUACCCGCCGCCGCCUGCCUACCCUGCCACCAAGGGCAGCUUCCAGGUCCCCAUGAUUCCAGACUAUCUGUUUCCACAACAGCAGGGGGACCUGGGCCUGGGCACCCCAGACCAGAAGCCCUUCCAGGGCCUGGAGGGCCGUCCUCAGCAGCCUUCCCUCACUCCCCUCUCCACCAUCAAGGCCUUUGCCACCCAGUCGGGCUCUCAGGACCUCAAGGCCCUCAACACCUCUUACCAGUCCCAGCUCAUCAAACCCAGCCGCAUGCGCAAGUACCCCAACCGGCCCAGCAAGACGCCCCCCCACGAGCGCCCCUACGCCUGUCCGGUGGAGUCCUGCGACCGCCGCUUCUCCCGCUCCGAUGAGCUCACCCGCCACAUUCGCAUCCACACGGGCCAGAAGCCCUUCCAGUGCCGCAUCUGCAUGCGCAACUUCAGCCGCAGCGACCAUCUCACCACGCACAUCCGCACCCACACAGGCGAGAAGCCCUUCGCCUGUGACAUCUGUGGGAGAAAGUUCGCCAGGAGCGAUGAGCGCAAGAGGCAUACCAAGAUCCACCUGCGGCAGAAGGACAAGAAAGCAGACAAAGGGGUGGCCUCCUCGGCCACCCCCUCCCUCUCUUCCUACUCAUCACCAGUGGCUACCUCCUAUACCUCCCCGGUCACUACCUCUUACCCGUCCCCGGCCACCACCUCCUACCCGUCCCCCGUGCCCACCUCCUACUCCUCCCCUGGCUCUUCCACCUACCCCUCCCCUGUGCACAGCGGUUUCCCCUCGCCCUCCGUGGCCACCACGUACUCCUCCGUCCCCCCUGCUUUCGCGGCCCAAGUCAGCAGCUUCCCUUCCUCGGCGGUCACCAACUCCUUCAGCGCCUCCACAGGGCUUUCGGACAUGACAACCACCUUUUCUCCCAGGACAAUUGAAAUUUGCUAA